AAACAACCCAAUCGCAUAAGCUCAAACCUAUUUAAUCAGCCACAAUAUUUCUCUAAGAGGAGCGCUGCAGUUAGGACUUGAGUGAUGUUACCGUUGCUGCCUAGAAACUCUUCUCCCCCCCACGUGUAUGUCGUGUUUACUCGGUGGCUUUGGGGACUCGGGAGGUUUAUGAAGAGAGGUUGAGAACAGGGAAUCUGCAUCAUGAUCCGACUAUCAAGCCUGGACUGGGUUCUGCUCGCUGUCCUCGCUGUCUGUCUCUCUUAAACCCCACCUCUGACAAGUGACAACGCAGAAUGGACAAUCACACCGUUUUGCACGACUUUACUGCGGUGGCUGGCUCUGUAAUGGGCGGAAUGCUUAGCACAGUCUAUGGGUCGAACACAGGAAUCCCCUUUGUUCAGAAGCGUGUCAAGGGACCAAAGUGGCUUCCUUUUAUAUUUGGGGUUUCUCCACUUCUGAUGUUUUCUGCAGCUAGUGCAGCAUUUAGGGCCUGUUUACUAACAGAAAUAUUUUCCAGUUUUCCAGAAAACUGGAAAACUGGAAAACAGAAAACAGGAAAACGUGUUUACCAAAGAAAUUCCUGGAAAAAUUGGAGAAAGGAAAAAAGAAAAACGCGUUUACCAAAUCGUUUUCCAAAACGGAAAAAAUGAAACAUGUCUCUCAUUUCCUUAAUGAUUUGGAGAAGUGACUUUUACUAGUUUUCCAAAUUUGGAAAACGCAGAUGCUACAGUGUCUUUGCAAUGAAUUUGCAUACUUACACCUAGUGGUGGGUCCGGUCCCGCUCCGAUGUCGAUUCCAUUCCGGUACCUCCAUCCUCGUACCUUACCACUUACCCCUACCCUACCCUACCCACCCAACCCCCACCCCACGUACCCAUUUUUCCCUAUAAUGACCUUACCCCACCCCCCACCACAUGCCCCGACCUCGGCCCCACCCCGAUCCACCCUACCCUACCGCUACCCCCCUACCACCUCGACCCCACCUCGAUCCACCCUACCCUACCGCCACCCCCCUGCCACCUCGACCCCACCCCGACCCACCCUACCCUACCCCCACCCCUCGUAUAUUACCACUUACCCCUACCUUACCCCUUACCACAUGGCUCAUACCUCGGCCCCACCCCACCGCCAUCCUACCCCACCCCCACCCUACCCUAUCUCGGCCCCACCCGGUUCCCGGGCCCACCCCUACCGCCAUCCUAUCCCAACUCCCUACCCUACCCCUACCUUACCCCAAACCCUACCCACUACCCCCACCCUUACCGCCAUCCUACCCCCCACUGCCAUCCUACCCCUUCCCUACCCCAGCCCCACCCUGGUCCCGACCCCACCCUACCGCCAUCCUAUCCCAACUCCCUACCCUACCCCAACCCCAAACCCCACCCACUACCCCCACCCUUACCGCCAUCCUACCCCCACCCUACCCCGGCCCCACCCUGGUCCCGACCCCACCCUACCGCCAUCCUAUCCCAACUCCCUACCCUACCCCUACCUUACCCCAACCCUACCCACUACCCCACCCUUAACCCUAACCACGACCAUAACCCACCCACUACCCCCACCCAACCCCCUACCCCUAGACCUUACCACCCCACCCCGACCAUACCCCUUACCCCACCCCCACCCAUAACUUCCCUACCUGACCCCUACGAGUAGGUAUGGGUGGGUAUGAAGGGUUGUGGUGGAGUAUGGGUAGAGUGUAAGAUCGUGAUAAGGGUAGAGGUAGGGGUCAAUGGUGUGGAAUUGGAGAACUGUGUGAAAAAAUUGAUGAACAUGUUUUCAAAUUUGAAAAUGGAAAACUAAAAAAUAGAAACAGAAAAUUGGAGAUAGAAAAACUGAAAAAUAAAAACAGAAAAUUGGAGAACGAAAAACAGAAGUAGAAAACAGGAAAAUAUCUCUGUUAGUAAACAGGCCCUAGUGUCUGGUAAUUAUGCACUUACAAAAAUUUACAAGACCUCAUGUUAUGCUGCUUCAAGUGCAUCACAUCAUGGUAUAUCAUUGCUUACAAGGCACAUUGAAGAAUCACAUAUUGCAGGCGCUCAAUGCGAAAAACUCAGCUGAUUACGUCCAGAUGCACAUACUGAGUCAUCUUUCAUCUUUCAAUUUUGUAGCUAAUAUUGUGUAUAUUUGAAUCUAGUCUUAUGAAUACAGUCAAUGCCGUAGUGCUUGACUUAUGGUUGUCUAUGAGUUGAUGUUUUUUGGAUCAGCCAAAUACUUGAAAUUUUUGUUCAGUUCGACUAAUGUUAAAAAAUAUCGUGUUUACUUUGUUUUUUUUAUACCUUUUUUUAAAUCCUUUUUUUUACCCUUUUAUUUUGUAACUUCCUAGGUAUCCAUUUGGAUUAUGUUGUUUUGAUUAUGGUGAAGUUGGAUGGUAGCCGAGACAGUGACUACAAUUUCAACCGUAAUGACAACUUUGCUCCGCACCUUCGUUAUUAUAAACAGGCCUUUAUGUCUCUACUAUCUUACUUAUUUAGUAAUUACAAAUAAAAUAUCCAGUUCAAGCUGUCUUUUAUGAUUGAUAAAUGUCACACGUUUUGUCAAAAAUACUCCUUGUGGGUGGAACACGUUCAUGGUUUCUUUAGCAGACACUGUUAUAUGUGAUAUUUGAGGUUCAUCAAAUGAAGGUUCUUCAUUUGGUGAACCUAGUUUGUUCAUCAAGUAAAUGCUAUGCUAUAUGUUGGUCCACAAAUGGACAAUCAUAGGCUUUUCGGGAAAUCUACGGCAGGAACACUCAGGAAACAACAAGUUCGAAACGGGAAAGUUACAAAGGAGGUUUAGUUGCCAGAAAUAGUUUUUCCUUAAUUUGAAUUACAACUUGCCUUUUGGCGUUUACAAAUGGAAACAGCUAUGCACAAU